AUGGUCAAAAACUUCUUAAAGCGUUUCCACAUAGAUCGUGAUGAGAAGUAUAUGACAUACGACGGCGCCCUUGCAUGCAAGAACGACACCCCAGCAAGCCUCGCUAUGAGGCAUAUGGAGACCAUCCAUAUUCUCAACAUGGACAUUGAUGAUGCCAAAAGGAAGCACCGGUUGCAAGCUCAGACGUAUGCCCAUAAACAACCUUCGGAGAGAAGACAGCUUACAUCGUCGAAUCUGGAACUGGUAAACGCAGAAUCGGUCUCCAAGGUUUCAAUUGGUGAUGUGCCUGAGCUUAACAGUGGCUCGCUGAGAAUCUCGCUUGUCCUCAUUGAUGACGAGGCUUUGUUCCAUACCGCUCGAAGGACGCCGCUUCAGAAAGUGCUCGAGAAGUUUGCCGAAGACUACGAAGAGGUCGCGGUGUCGGACUUCGUGAUGUCCCUCGAAGGCCGUCAAAUCCAGAAUGGCGAGACUGCGAACGAUUUGGGACUUCUGACUGGAGAUAUCAUCGGCGUGGACUUGCGUUAG